AUGGACAAUAUGCCGCUUCCACACGUCGAACUUGAGAAGCUUGGUUUGCUUCGCAAAUGGUGUCCAGGCAUGUUCACCGUUUUCGUUUCUCACCAAUGGUUGGGAGCGGUUCAUCCUGAUCCUGGUGGUCGGCAGUUUGCCAUCCUCCGUGAGACACUGCAAGGCAUUGUCAAUGGAUCCCUGGAAGUGGAGGCAGAUCCAAUUACAGUCUUGAAUGCGAGCCUGGAGAAGGUUGAUGCAGAAACGCGUGAGGCGGUGCGCAAUGGAUACGUGUUCUUGGACUGGUUCGCGAUACCACACAUCUCCGCACGUAUGCGGGAAGACCAGACACAGUCUGAAGGCUUGCUGGCAGUGCGGAGCAUUCCGGCCUAUGUGGAGGUUGCGGACCUCUUCGUAGCGCUUGUCCCGAAUUUGAUGCGAGAGAAUGGCAGCAUCUGCAGCUACAGUUCAUGGUUGUCGAGGGGUUGGUGCGUGGCGGAGCUCUGGUGCCGCCUUCUGUCCUGCAAGCAGAACACCAGUGUGAUCGUCGUGCAUUGUCCCAGCGAGGUGAAGUUCAUUCACCCCUUUGACUGGCAGGCGAAUCGCAUUUGCGAGGGCGACUUUACGGUUGAGGAGGAUCGGGCCGAGGUGUCUCAGCUCGGUGCUGUAGCGCUGGCGCGCAAGAUGACAUUUUUGGCCAGCCGAAGCAUGUGGGAUGUGUAUCGCUUCUUUGUUGCACAAAGCCCAAUGAUGCUGGGCCAGGCGAGCAAAGCACGCAGCAUGGAAACUUUCCUCAGUGACUUUCGUUUUGAUGAUUUGGAUCAUGCACGAGUCAAGCGUGGCAUGAACGGCGUGAUGUGUGCAGCCUUUUCCGAAGACAUCGGGAUGUUGCGACAACUUGUAGCGACUCCGGCUGAUGCCAACUUCAAAGUAGAAGGUCUCCUCGAACUGGGUUUCUUCGAUGGACAGCCAGCAUUGGGGCUGAUUACCAGAUCGUGCUCGGUCGAGGUGGUCUCCACCUUUCUCGAACUUGGCGCCGAUGUGCAUGCACAAGAUCAGAAUGGGGCGAGUCCCAUUUGCAUGGUAAGAUCCCCAGAGCACCUGCGUGUACUGGCUGAAUUCGGCGCUGACUUGCAUUCGCCAGUCUUCCCACUGGGGCUCUCGCCCAUGACGCUGGCCAUGUCGCACGCUUGCCCCCGAACGAUUGAAGCGAUGCUUUCUCUGAAGUGUGACCCGAACCCAGAGACUCAUGGUCUCGGAUAUGGGCCGCUUCAUGCAAUAACUGCCUUUUCUCGCGAGAACAAGCAUGCAGAAGACAUUGCACGACUCCUACUUGCGAACGGUGCAAACUUGAACUUCAAAGCGCAUCCCGACGGCUUUUUCAAGGCGAUCACGUAUGGAGCCCGUGCUUACUAUGCCGUCUUCAGGUUUGAGUGCAGUUCGCUGAUGAGUGUCAAGGUAUUAGCAUCUUUGCCCGGCUUGACACCCGUGGCAUUUGCUGCUCUGCUCGGUAGCACGGCGUUGGUUCAGAUUUUCAUGGACGCCGGGGCAGAGAUGGUUGCCAAUCACCGUGGAGACUUCCCAGACGAUUUGGCAAGAGCAAACUUCCAUCACGACUUGGCGAUAGAAUUGUCCUUCUUCAGCAUUUGA